GAAGCCCUUGUUGAUGAUCAUGGACGGCCACGCGAUGGUGCACCGGUCCUUCCGCGCCAUAGCCACGCAGCGCCACCUGACCGUUUCCACAACAGGGGAAGACGUACCGGGGUCUACGGGUUUACCAACGUUUUCCUUCGGGCCCUGCAAGACUGGAAGCCUUCCCACUACGCCAUUGCCUUUGACACGCCUGCCCCCACAUUCCGCCACGAACGGUUUGAGGAAUACAAGGCGCAAAGGGAGCCUUCGCCGCCCGAGUUGCGGCCCCAGUUCGGCCGGGUAAAGGAAUUGAUGCAGGCCUUCGGGGUACCCAUUUUCGAGGUGGAGGGUUUUGAGGCCGACGAUGUGAUCGGCACCUUGUGCCGGUUAGCCGAGGAGCAGGGACUCGAUUCAGUGAUUUUGACGGGUGACCGGGACACUUUCCAGCUUAUUUCUCCCCACGUGCGAGUUGAUCUGUCCUACAGCAUCCAGGACCGUAAGACAAUAUUUCCUGGCGUCCCCAAGGUGGGUGAGAAGCGGGCUAUAGCACUGCUAAACGAUUUCUAUGACCUUGAGGGCAUAUACCAGCACCUGGACGAGGUGAAGCCUCCCAGCGUCAAGCAAUCACUGGCUGAAAGCAGAGAUCGAGCCUUUGAAAACCGCAUUCUUAUGACAAUUUCCCGAGAGGCGCCGGUGGAACUGUCGCUGGAUGCCGCACGGACCGGGUCAUAUGACCGCCAGAGGGUUGUUUCCCUGCUGACUGAACUGGAGUUCCACACGGUAAUCCCCCGGCUGCCAGUUCCAAUCUGGGACCCCGGGGCCGGGACAGCGAAAGUAGAGCCGCAAGUUAGCGCCGCGGAAACGGAUUAUGUGACGGUACAGACCGGCGAAGCACUGGAAGCCAUGCUCGCCGGACUUCGGUCCGCUGGCAGUUUUUCCUUUGACACCGAGACCACCAGCCUGGACCCAAUGCAGGCCGAUCUGGUAGGCCUGAGCUUUGCAGUUGAGCCAGGCAAGGCAUGGUAUGUGCCGGUAGGUCACCGCGAAGGUGAUCAAUUGCCGCUGGAAGAGGUACUGGCAAGGGUCAAACCCUUGAUGGAAGACCCGAAUCUUGUCAAGUGCGCCCACAACGCCAACUUCGAUCUGAUGGUGCUGGCCAGCCACGGUAUCAACACCAGAAACGUGGACUUUGACACAAUGGUCGCGGCCCACCUCCUCAGCAGGAACCAGAUCGGGCUGAAGAAUCUUUCCCUGGACCUGUUGGGCGUGGAAAUGCAGCAGAUCACUGAGUUGAUUGGCAAAGGGGCCCGUCAAAAAACCUUUGACCAUGUUGCCAUAGAGGACGCCACACCUUAUGCCGCUGCAGAUGCGGAUAUGACGGCCCGCCUCCGUCUCAAGCUGGAACCGCAAAUCCAACAAAAUAAAUUGUCCAAUUUGAUGAAUGAAAUUGAAGUGCCUUUGACGCCCGUAUUGGUGCAGAUGCAGCGGCAGGGCAUCAAGGUUGAUGUGGGCAUGCUCCACGAGAUGGCGCGGGACUUGAACCAGCAGAUGCACCAGACUGAAAUGGAACUGUAUGAGUCCAUAGGGCACACGACCAAGCGGACGAAGACAGGCUAUUCCACCGACGCCAAUUCCCUGGAGAAUCUGAAGGGGUUACACCCGGUGGUAGACAAUAUCCUUGAUUACCGGCAGACUUCCAAGCUGAAGUCGACCUACGUUGACACGUUGCCGGAGCUUAUCAAUCCGGCCACCGGGCGGAUCCACACCAGCUAUAAUCAGGUGGGCUCUGCUACCGGUCGGAUGUCCAGCAGCGACCCCAACUUGCAGAAUAUUCCCAUCAGAACCGAAUUGGGCCGGCAGGUGCGGCGGGCGUUCAUCGCAGAGGAGGCCCCGGACUGGACCCUUUUCUCAGCCGACUACUCCCAGAUCGAGCUGCGGGUGCUGGCCCAUUUGUCCCAGGAUCCAGAAUUAUUGGAAGCUUUCCGCCGGGGUGAGGAUAUUCACGCCGCUACCGCUUCCCUGAUGAACGAUGUACCUAUUAACGAGGUCACAUCCGACCAGCGUCGCAUCGCCAAAGUGCUGAAUUUCGGGGUGAUUUACGGCCUGUCAGCGCAUGGCAUUUCUCAGCAAACCGGGUUCUCCCGCGAAGAAGGAGCACAUUUCAUUGAUACGUACUUCAAUAAGUACCCUUCUAUCGCCGGCUACUUGGAAGAGGUAAAGGCUAAGACCAGGGAAACCCAAUACGUGGAGACCCUCCGCGGUCGAAGACGCUACAUGCCUGACGUUAACGCCUCCAAUUUCAACGUUCGUCAUGCGGCAGAGCGCAUGGCCAUUAACAUGCCAAUCCAGGGAACCGCCGCCGACAUCAUGAAAGUACACGACGAGUUGGUAUUUGAAGUGCCUAGAGAGGAAAUGAACGACCUUCAAGCCCUGGUCUUCGACGAAAUGCCUGCUGCGAUGGACCUCGACGUUACUCUAAAGGUUGAAGCCAAGUGGGGCGACACCUGGGGAGAUAUGGAGUAA